AAUGGCAGAAAGACUGCAGAAGCACAGAUUUCAAGACACUUUCCCUCUGUCUUCUCCUGAUUUCCUCUGGGAAAAAAUGUAUGGAAUCUUCUUUCUCCUGGUGACAUGUAUAGUGAGUGCCUCUGCUUUCAGAAUCCAGCAAGUCAAAAGCACAGAAACCUGCCCAGAUCACACCGUGUUUUACAAACACUACUAUGAACUGCAUGGAGAACCUGUGGUUCUGAAAUGCCCUUCCCCCAGAUACAAACAUUUGGAUUUUUCUGCCUUGACCCCUAAUAUCACAUGGUAUAAAAAUGGUUCAAAAACCAUGAUAGCAGGAAGAGACGAAGAUCCAAGGAUCUGGGCAAAAGGAGAUGCACUCUGGUUUUUGCCAGCAACACUAGAAGACUCGGGAGUAUAUAUCUGCACCAGAAGGAACUCCUCCUACUGUGCAGAGGUCUCCAUCCACCUCACCGUUAUGAAGAAAACAGCUGUUCAGGAGAUCGCCUAUCCCCAGGUCCUUUUCACUUUCACCACUGGAAAGAUCGUUUGCCCUGACUUAUGGGAUUUUGCACCAAACAGGACAAGCCUGGAGCUCAAGUGGUACAAGGAUGCUCUGCCUUUAGAAGACAACAGUGAAAAAUUUAUAACUCUGAAAGGUUCAGCUUCUCUGAUCGUGACUUCUGUGCUACCGACAGAUGCUGGCUAUUACACUUGCAAGAUGUCGUUUCCAUUUGAAGGUGUGAUGUAUGAAAUCACCAGAACGAUUCAUUUGGAGACUGUUGAACAAGAAAAGAGAAUUACUCCAAUAAUUGUGUAUCCAACACGAAAGACAACAUCAGCUGCUCUUGGCUCCAAGAUGACUCUCCCAUGCAAAGUGUUUAUUGGACUGAGCAGCCACAGCCAUACAGACGUGGAAUGGUUAGCAAAUGACACCGUCAUUGAUGUGAUUUACAAGCAAAGCAGAGUUACAGAGGGGGAACGACAAGAAAUUGUAGAAAAUGGUGAAAACUUCAUUGAAGUGCCACUGAUUUUUGAUUCUGUUGAAGAAGUGGAUUUUUUUACAGACUUUACAUGUCUGGCCCAGAACAUAUACGGCUACCAAGUACUGCCAACAAGAGUCAAGCAGGAAGCUGUCGGCCUGUCCUGGUACAUUGCAACGAUUCCCUUUGCGUUGGCCUGCGUGAUCAUGGGAGGGGUAUGCAUACACAAGUGUUGGAAGCGGACUGCUGAUAAAGGAUACACAGUAGCAAAGGUUUAAAAUCCUCUUCAUUCUCCAAUCACCAACAGAACAGAAAACCAUCCUGGCCAUCUUUCACUGUGAAACACAGAGAGACUUUUCAAACCAGACUGCUUUCCCAGAAGAUGGACACAUAUUGGCUUUUUUCUUUCUUCUCUGAGCCUUCCACGAUCUGAUGAAGUUAUAAGUUUGCACUUUUGUGCUGUCUAAAUGCAGGAAAUCUGCUUCUGUUGUUUUGCAGCUAAGGUGCAACAUGUAGAAUUUUGGAACACAGAAUACCAGGAACGUGCCCUGUAUAUGGGAAAAGUAGGGAAAGGGAGGUGCUUUCACCCUUUGUAAUUCCAAUACCAUUUGGGUUUUGUGGGUUUCUUUUGCAUUGAAACCCUUAUUUUUUUUUACUUCAGUCUAAAAAGAGCCAUUUUCCCCCUUUUCCAGAGCCAAACACAGUUGUCAUGGCAACUUUAUAUCUGUGAACUUUUCUACAGAAAAUGUAACUUUUUUUUACUUUAGUUUUCCUUAAAUGGACUCUCUCAGAAUAUAUCUCUCCUCCAGAGAGAACUACAUCAGCAUAACAGAUAAUUGCACACUGGAGAAUUUGGUUCUGUUUUAUCUACCAAUAUCUCAUAGCCAGAGAUGCAUAUGCAGCUGUUAACAUGUUAUCUUUGCCAAGAAAAGAAGAAUUUGGAGGGAUAUUUUAGUGUUUCGAGAUCAUUUGUGUAAUAUGAAGUUUUUCUUCCUGGAAGUGAUUGGACAGAUUAGCAGUAACAGUGUACAGUCUUGCCCUUCUGUGCCUCUCACACUUUCAUGACUGGCCUGGUUCUACUCUCUGAUACGAGUGUAAAAGUCUGGCAAAGAUUCCCAUAAACAAUGAGUUGGCAAAAAUGAGUUCCUUCAGGAACCUUGUGUCCUUUGUAGUGAAGCAUGCAAAUUGAUUACUCAUGAUGCAAAAUGCUGCCCAUAACUGUAUUUCAAUCUUGACAUAAACCAGAAGAGAGCGAUAAGUCAUCAGUGACCAUGUUGUACUUUGAGGAUCAGCAUGAGCAGAAUGACUGGGUUACUUCAUUAUCCAAGAGAUAACACCUAUGAUAGCAGAGAAGUAGUUCAGUCAUAUAUAAUCUGUUUUAUCUUCAUCUGUAUGGGAAGGGAAAAGACCCAGUCUUAAGGUCUACAUUGUUACAGACCUGUAACUGACAUCUCUCCCAGACACUGAAGAGAAAGCUUUUUGUUAAGCAAAUCAGCACAGAAGUUUUCUAAACUCUGUAGGGAAAAAAAUAAUCAGGAGGAACUUUGGCUCUGAAGAAACUAAUUGUAAAGUAAGAAUGUUAGAACAGCUUGUGGUCCCACAAAUCAGGCAAAUGAAUGGCUUACAUCCAUCUGGGAGAGGCUGUAAUCUAAUUCCUUUCCACCAUUAUAGCUGGUUCUGAGUUCAGCUCAAUAAUUAUUUGGAAGGAUUUUAAAGACUAGGAUGUGUCUUGAAUUAAGAAGCUCCUCAAUCUAUUAGCAAGAACUUUCUCAUUUUAUGAGUUUUAAGCUGAACUCUCCCUUUAAAUAUUUCAAAUGUUUGCUGUGAAAAUACAGGCACAGAAAUUAGAUUUCUGGCACAAUCUGAGUCAGUGGCAACCAAACAAGAUCACAGGACUUACUGUUUCCAAGUGCAAGGUUUUAAAGAUGAUGGUAAGGGAUGUGUACAUUUUACAGGCAGAUGGGAAAAAAGUGUCUGCAAAUGUGGAAAACAGUCAAACUACUUGGAUAUCUGUUCCUUGAAGGAAGAAAACUAUAGAUAAACUGACCGUUGCUGGAAGGAAUAUGAAAUAUGUUUUAGGUACAUCAGGAAUGCUCAUUUUUAUCAGUUUCUAGUCUGUAACCGGAGAACAAAUUAGCUUUGCCAAUAAGCGUAACCUUUCAAAGUGUGACUUGUUCUUCCUGUUCAUCUGUAGUGUGAUAACACAUCUGGAGGUAGGUGUGCUUUUGGAUUUCACUAAGUAGUGGAAAAGAAGUAGAACUUCUGGUAUGUGGAGUAUCAGUGCUCUUGGAGUGUCAAAAAGAUAAAUACCCCAGAUCCUCCUCCAAGCUAGAGGAGAAAGAAAUGUGAGUGUGAGAUAAAAUAAGGCAUGCAGAAAAUUGAUGUUGUACAAAAAAUUAGGCAUGGA